UAAAAAAUGUAAACAUCAUAGGUUGUGAUAAUUUUAUCACCAUCAAACAUAUGAUUUGAAUAUCUAAAGCAAGCUCCUAUUUUAUAUUAUUAUUCUUAAAUUUCGUGCAUUCAAAGUUGUAUAAAUCAAUAAGUAGUUCGUUUCUCAUUUACCAACAUAUCCAACUAGUUCACAUCGUCACACAAAGGUACAUACAUACUUAUACUUACCUAAGUGCUCGCAGUCUCGCAAAAAUGUCAGUGAAAUUAUACGGUACCUUGUUCAGUCCACCUGUUAGGUCUGUAAUGCAUACUCUGAGGGCAUUAUGUAUUCCUUAUGAAUUCAUCGAAGUAAAUUUAUUGAAAAGCGAAAACCGUUCAGAAGAAUUUUUAAAGCUGAAUCCUCAACAUACAGUGCCUACAAUUCAAGAAGGAGAUGGAUUUAUCCUUUGGGAAAGUCACGCUAUAAAUGGUUAUUUGGUAGAUAAAUAUGGAAAAGAUGACGAGUUAUACCCGAAGGAUUUGAAAAAUCGAGCCAUCGUGAAUCAAAGACUUCACUUCAAUAAUGGUAUUCUACUCACUUGCUCUAGACGCACAAUUAUGACAAUUCUUCGAGAGAAAAACGUCACCGAAUUGACUGAAGGAAUGAAAAUACAAGUCGACAGUUGUUACGAUUUUGUGGAAACAUUCCUAACUGAAAAGCAAUACAUUGCAGGAAAAUAUAUUACAAUAGCAGAUUUCUCGAUUCUUAGUGCCCUCAAUACUCUAAACAUUAUGGCGCCAAGAAAUGACGAAAAGUACCCUUUGAUUAAGGAUUAUGUGAAACGCAGUGAAACAGUAGCAGGUUUUAAAGAAUUGGAGGAUAUAGGAAGGCAAAAAGUCGUAGAAAUUUUAAAAUCGACGAAUUUCAAAAUUAAAUAUAUGCGGUUCACUGUUUUCUACCUUUCCACCUGCCCCCUUUCCUCAUCCGCUAUGAAACGUAAACAAAAAAUGUCAGUGAAAUUAUACGGUGCUUUGUUUAGUCCACCGGUUAGAGCUGUAAUGCAUACCUUGAAAGCUUUAUCCGUUCCCUAUAAAUUUAUCGAAGUAGAUGUACGGAAAGGCGGAACACGUUCAGAAGAAUUUCUCAAGAUCAAUCCUCAACAUACCGUGCCCACAAUUCAAGAUGAAGAUGGAUUUGCCAUUUGGGAGAGUCACGCUAUUAAUGCUUAUUUGGCGGAUAAAUACGGUAAAGAUGAUAAAUUAUAUCCGAAAGAUUUGAAAGCUCGAGCCAUCGUCAAUCAAAGGCUUCACUUCAAUAAUGGCGUUCUGCUCUCUACAUUCAGGAACACAUUCUUAACAAUAGUGCUAAAUAAAAACAUCACCCAACUCACCGACCAAUUGAAAGCACCCAUUGAAAAUGGUUACAGUCUCGUAGAAGCGUUUUUAGCUGGAAAACAAUAUAUUGCAGGGAACGAUGUGACAAUCGCAGAUUUCUCUUUUCUUUCCAGCCUAAAUACGUUGAACAUCAUAAAACCGCAAAAUGAUGCAAAAUAUCCUUUGAUUACGGAUUACGUAAAACGUGGCGAAACAAUUUUGCCAGAAUUUAAAGAAGUGGAAAAUCAAGGAGCGCAAAAAAUCACCGAGAUGUUGAAGUCCGCGAAUUUUGAAGUUUAAUUAUAUCUGAUUAAGUAUUUCGUUAAGUAUUUGAUACUUAUUUAAGAACUGGUUUGAAUACUUAGGUAUUCGAUGUUUUCAAUUUUAUUCGUCUAAAAUAGGAGCAGCUUUUAAAAAUAAUAAUAUGGUUAGGUAUGUUUUAAAUAUUUUUUUUAACUCGAUGUGUUCGUAUAGCCUACUUCAUACCUAACAAGGGAGCUACCCAAGGUCUGACACGCGGAUCGAAAAAAUUUUUUCACAGGCGGAUAGAGCAUCAAAAAAUAUGUUAUGAGCCAAAAUUUUAGCUGCUGAAGUUGACAGGGGGAGAAACCACGGGGGUUUGAAUAUCGAAAAAUCACAAAAAUACGCAAAAAUAUGCUGCAAAAAGUAUAAAAAUUGAAAUCAUUCGGCACCCUGUUCGCUUCAGCAGCUAAUUUUUUGGCC